AAACUGCGUCGUUUGGUGUCGGUUUGUCUUCUUCAGUUCACCAACAAAGCACUAACAUUCUUCUCAAAAACCAGCCAUAGAAGAAAAACUAGAUAAAGAAAGGUGUUUGUUUCACUGAGCCUUACCGGAAAAUCUAAAAAGGGUCAAAACUUGAUCAGCUUAGCCCUAAAUCCUAAUCAAUUCAGAUAUCAGAGGUGUAUUACGUGGAAGUAAUAGAUUGGAGAAGAAAGUCAAGUCAAAUCAGAUGCCGGAGGAGGACUUAGUUGAUCUAAAGUUCAGGCUUUACGAUGGGUCCGACAUCGGACCGUUCAGGUACUCAUCGGCGUCGACGGUGGAUAUGCUUAAGCAGAGAAUUGUAUCCGAUUGGCCCAAAGGUAAAACUGUCACUCCAAAAGCAGUGAAUGAAGUGAAAUUGAUCAACUCAGGUAAAAUUUUGGAUAACAACAAAACUCUUGGCCAGUGUAGAACACCUUUUGGUGAAGCUGCUGGGGGGGUCAUAAUAAUGCAUGUCGUUGUACAGCCAUCUCUAGCAAAAUCGAAAACAGAAAAAAAGAUCGAUAAUUCUCCCAGGAAACUGGUGUGCUCCUGUUCCAUUUUAUGAAGGCAAAUAAGUAGAUAUAUGGGAAAAUGCUUUAGGUACAGUGAUUGUUUUCUUUGAAACAUCCCGUCUCAGAUGUUGCAGUGUUGUCCAUAAAUACUUCCAUCAAAAAAGAAAAAAAAAUGUUGAUGUGUUUAUAUUUCCUUACACCGUAACCCUCUUCUUUGGUUUGUUUGUUUAAGACAUUCAAUGCUUUGUAGUAGUGACAGAAAGAUGUAUAGAACCAUUGAUGUAAGGACAAGAUCAACAAUCAAAUUUCAAAGAUUAAUACCUAUAUUGAUGUUAUUACAGAAUAAA